AUGGCAUCAUCUACAACGGAUACUAAUCUUAUCGAAUCGUUAACUUAUAUUUCAGAACAACUCAAUCGAUAUUUAUCAUCUACGAUUUUUAUUUUUGGUACAGUAGGAAAUAUUCUUAAUUGCCUUGUUUUAUAUCAAAGAACACUUCGUUCAAAUCCAUGUGUAGUACUUUUUCUUCUUUCAUCUUUUUUUGGUCUUAUUUCUAUUCUAAUUGGUCUACCUACUCGAAUUUUGGCCGGUUGGCACCUUGAUCCAACUGCUACAAUCGAUUGGAUUUGUAAAUUUCGUGCUUUUAUUGUAUUUAGUACAAGAACAAUGUCCAUAUGGUUGAUUACAUUAGCUACCAUUGAUCGAUGGUUAAUAUCAUCGAUCAAUAUUCAUUAUCGACGAAUGAGUACAUUGAAAAAUGUCAAACAAGGCAUGAUUGUUUGUUUUUUUCUAUCGAUUGUUUCUUACAUUCACAUGCUUUAUUGUUAUGGAACUAAUCCCCUUGAUGGACCAUUGCCAUGUUAUGCAAAAACAAUUAAAUGUCGUUUGGCCACUGAUUUAAUUUAUAUUUUUAUAAGCAUUACUAUUCCAUUGAUUUUAAUGAUUAUUUUCGGUCUAAUGUCUGUUUCGAACGUAUAUCGUGCUCAUGUCCAUGCACCACAUAUGAUACAACUUUUUAAUAAACGUAAUCAUCCUGGUCAUAAACAACUAAAAUCAAGAAGAAUCGAUCGUCGUUUACUUCGUAUGCUUUUAGUGGAAGUUCUUAUUUUAAUAUUAUGUUGUAUUCCACAAGCUAUUGAAAAACUUUAUAUUACAUUUCAUCCUUUCAGUUCGAGAUCCGAAUUAGAAGAUGUUAUAAAAACUUUUCUUUAUAAUAUCGUACUACUUUUAGCUUUUAUACAAAAUGUUGUGCCAUUCUAUAUUUAUACAUUAACUGGUGGAACUAUUUUUCGAAAAGCAUUUAUGGACUUUAUACGAAUAUUUAAUCAAAGAAUAACAUUUUAA